AAUUAUUGUUGGCACAGCAACAACUGACGCCCGAAGAGAAAAGCACACCCAAUGCAAUGAAAUGGAACACAAAGAUGACUUAUCAUUUGAACAUAAUUGGUGAAAUUUUUCUCCACAGAUCGAUGGGAAGACACCAGUAAAAUCGCGGCAUGGUUCCAGCCCUUACCUGUCCGUUGCUAUGAAAGCAAAUUUGGCGGCAUUGGAACAGCGGAUGGCAAAAUUCGGGGUGAAGAGACUAGAGUUUCAGCAGAUGAUUCAAAAUUAAUUGUCGGUCUCGUCGUUAUUUUGUCUUUCUUUCCCAUUUAAUUUUUCUCGUUCAUUUUUGGGGGAUUUAAAGGACCAUUGAUGUAGUAAAGGAAAUGACAAUAGCGAGGGCAGUAGUUUUGUGUUUUAAUAUGGAACCAGUAAAUUAUGAUAUUGAAGGAAGUUGCAAUAAAACAAUGAGCAUAAUUAUGAAAAGGAUAGUGUAAGAAUAAUAGAUUAAGGCCAUUAUGAUGAAAUUAAUUUAUGUACAUUAUCUUCAUUCAAAUUAUUUCAUCAAGAAGGCGUACCACACUUGUAUUCAAGAAAGAUUUAGCAUUGAGUGAAUUAAAGAUAGUCUUCAAUGACCUCUUAUAUCACAAUGUUCCCUAAAACUUUGUUUGAUUUAUCAAAGGAAUGAUAUGAAAUCCAAAUUUCCUCUUCGCUUUCCCUAUAUCGGAGGCCGACGUAGAUCUUAUAAGUAUCAUUGAGCCAUUAAUUUUAUUGUAAAAAAUAAACUAAUAUAAAAUCCAAGAAAUUACAAAGAAAAUAUAUAUUCUACGCAGUUGUUACGCCCUGGUACUAAUUAUUUUGCAGUACAAUAAUUAUUUUUACAUUCUAUUGUUUGUAUUCAUAUCAUUCUUAAUUUUAUAUAAAUUUAAUGUAUUGUACGUAAAUGGCCAAACAGUAAAUUUUGUUACAGAGUAUUUGAUUUAUUGAUUUCUUUCCAUUUAUGAAAGACAAGAGUAUGAAACUUAUUUGCCAUUUGUAUUAAUUCUACAUUCACCUUGCCAUUCAUUUCAUAGACUGAAAAAAAUAAACAACAUCUUGACUGCAAAGACGUGAAGUUUCAAUAACAUGUUGCCCAUUUGACUCUUUGUCUGUAAUGAAAUUGACUGAAACGAUGAUGCUGCGCCAUUUUCUGGUUGAUUCCGUUUUGGAUUGUUGUAUUAAAAAUUCUGAGUGAUUGAAAAUUUAUAUAAUCUUAACGAGAGGGGAUUGAUAUGGUCAGCAGAGCAGAGGAUUAAUAUUCAUUGGGGACCUCUAUUGUUGCAUCCACCCCCUAAAAAAUACAAAAGAUAAUCCUCUUCUCCGAUGCCCAUAGUUUGAAUGAGCUAGUGUUGAUCUACUAUUUGACAUAGGUUGUGUGGCUGAUUAUCUUUUGGUGAUUGACUGGAGCGACUAAAAACAAAAACCAAGUUAUUUGAUAGAUUUUCAUGAAUGACUAUCAGGACUAUCGGCAUGGCAGAUUAAAAAUAUGAUUUUAGAAAAUUAUGAACAUUAAGUAAAAUCUCCAAAAUAAUAAAUUCUACUCAGUAGCGGAUCCAGGGAUGAGCCCCCUUAAUUUGACACUUUUAUCAUGUAAAAAGAAACGGGAAUUACGGGUACACGGACCUUGCUCCCCGCUUGGAUUCCCCACUGUACUGAAUUACCAAAUAAGCAAAAUAAUAAUAAUAAUAAUAAUAAUAAACAGACCAAAAUAAUUAAAGACUCCCUCAGACAAAAACAGAACCCCAAACAAGCGAGCAUGCAUCUGAAAAUGAAAACGGCAAACGGGUAUGAAACCAUGCAAGUUGGAAUGUUACCAAAACAAAACACAAAAACAACAUAAACAUAACAUCGAAAAGCAAAACAAGUGAUUGAAAGUAGGAAAUUGAAAUUCAUAAACAAAAUAUAAGAACACAAAAACCCCAAACAAACGAGCAUGCAUAGGAAUAUGAAAACGGCAAACAGGUAAGAAACCAUGCAAGUUGGGAUUAUAUAAAUACCAAAACAAAACAGAAAAAAAUAACAUGAAAUGUAACGUCGCAAAGCAAAACAAGUGAUUGAAAGUAGGAAAUUAUAAAUCAUAAACAAAGUAAAAUAAUACAAAAGGAGUUUUGCCUGUAAAAGAGGGAAGAAAAAAUACAAAAGUUAAUUAUUAAACAUGUAUUUUCAUAGAAUGAAUAAUGAAACAUAUAUAUUCAGUUUACGCCAUCACAUGGCGAAAUUUCAAACAAUACCGUUCAGUCUCAAUUCUUCCACCUGUUCUGUUAUUUCUAGUGGACUAAUUAGGUUUUAUUGUUGCUAUUAUUAAAAAGUAAACACUAGAAAUGCAUAAUUAAGAUGUGGAGAUCACAUAAAAGGAAUAAAAAACAGUAGGGGGCCUAAGCAUAAGAGAAAUUCGAAUAGUUAACAUCAGAUAAAUCGCGCGACCGAAUUCUGGGCGGCGUGACCGAAUACUGGGCGGAAAACACCACCUCGGUCUAUCGGCAAUAUUUUGUUCAACAAUAUUCAAUAUUCUAAAUGAGUUCAAUAAUCUGAAAGAGGACAAUUUUUUCUUUCUCCUGGUCGGUGGAUUUACAAAUAAAUGAGGUAGGUAUUUAUUUUACCGGCGAUUUCCCCUUAAGUGACCGAAUACCGGGCGCGUUACCCUAAACGGGAAGUUCACUGUGAAUUUCUCAUUUUUUUGAAGGUUCAUGAUGACUACAAUUUUGUUCUUUCAAGAGCAGGGAUAAAACAAUUUGUUGAUAUACUGAAGGUACAAUAAAAACUGUUUUUUUAGAAAGUGAUAUUUCAUUGAUUUUUUACUAGGCCUAGGCCUACACGAUAUAUGGGGAAGCUGCUCGCAUAUGACGUUGCAAAACAAAAUAUUGAAAUUAUAAUAAUACUAUACUAGUCUAUAGAUAGGCUAGAAUGCUGGUUGCUGGAUGCAAUGUUUUCAUUUUUCAGUUUAUUUGGGUGGCUGUUUAUAAAGGAAGUCUUCCCCAUAUGUUCAAGAUGAUAAGGUGUUUAAGCUCUUCAGGAAUAUAUGCAUGGUAGGUUCCCAUUUUCAUCACCUGGGUUGAGUGCAACACAGUGUGGAUAAAUCCUGUCUUAGUUUCUGAAGGAAAUUAAUGCCAUGGUUGGUAUUUGAACCCACGAUCCUCAGACUGAAAGGGGAUGGACAGAACGACUUGAACACGAUGCUUCCACAGGACUUACUUCUCAAACUUACUUUACCAGUCCUCUAUUUUCAUAUUGAAGGUUUCUGAAAGCUAAUAAAGAGAAGAGAGACCUGGCUUCAGGAUGGGAGAUGAAGAGGAGAGUAGAGGGGAACAACCUGUCACGGCAGAAAUGGAAAAGAAGAGCAAGAAACAGGGAAAACAGAAAAGGAAGAGGAAAGAGAAACACUCCAAGGGAAAUGUAACCUUCAUGGAGGAUUGUUUAGAUUUUGGUUUGCUUCGACUUUUUAAUCCUGAUAGUACAGAGUUUCUGCCAAUGGAGGAACAACUUAAGUUGUACAAGCACAGAGAUCUUAGCCGUACCAAGACAUAUAUCACAGCUGCCAGGGUCUUUGGUAAUCCAAGAGUUAGGAAACGUGUUCACAUUGCUCCGAAGAUGGAUGGUGGUCAGGGUGGAAAGAGUGUGAACACAAGAAGAGCCAAAGCCGAGAUGGUGCAGGAUGGAAGACCAAGGUUAAAGCCUAUCAACAAGGAUGAUAUCGUCUUGACAGAGAGGGACAAACAAAUCAUUCAUGAUAAUGAGGUGCAAGAAAGAAUGGCAGAGUAUAAGAGCUGGCUUCAUGAUCGAAUGGCACUGCGGGCUGGUCUAGAGUCCAUGGGUUUGAAGGAAUCCUGGCUUAGAGCUAAACCUGACCCUACACCUUUGGAGAGAAGAGUCCUUUUACAGUUGGAGGAAGCAAGGAGAGUUGCAGAAGCUCUGAAGUUGAAAGUAGAUGAUGUUGUCAAGGAAGUGAUCAUCAAGACGGAAGACUUUUCUGAGAAGGAGCCCAAACCUCAACCAGAAGGUAUGGGAAUCAUCGCUAGCUACCUGGCCAGCAAGAAACAACGUCUUAUAGAUCUUUUCUCCCAGGCUGAUAAGGACAAGAGUUGGGCUAUCACUAGAGAUGAGCUCAGGAACUGUAUCAAGGAGGCAAAGAUCCCAAUCUCAGAAACUCUAUUAAAUGAGGUGAUAGACAGCUUAGACUCAGACUUCAAUGCCGAAAUCGACUAUCGCGAGUUUGUGCGGGGCAUGGAAAGAUACCAGUUGGAAGAAAGGAAACGGAAAAUUAUCGCUGAAGAGGAGAGAAAAAGCGAGACCAGGAGCAAGUCAAACCCUGAAUGUCGGACAAAGAUUGUCCCGAUCAGUGGUCUUGCUCCAGUAAAGGAGUCUGUAUCGUCACCUGUAAUGCCCACCGAUAGAGAGGAAGACAAGAGGGAAGUUAAUACACCCGACUCGAUGGCAUCACUCCUGGAGAUACCCAAACAUGACAUUACUGAACGGAGAGCGCUCAAUCCAGACGACAUGAUUGAGAAGAGAAAGAGAGAGAAAUUCAUGUCAGAUAAUUUGAAGAAGAAGAGGCUCCCACGUGUGAUCCAGAGUCCAUUGAAGACAGGAAACAAGGCCGUAGAUCUCCAUUCCCAGGUAUCAACCUUAGGAGGGGAUCUAGGUGUAGAGAUCCACGACUACAGAGCGGCUAGACUAGCCGAGUACCAUGCUAUUCUCAGGCUGUGUGAAGAGAGGGGGAUUCCCCUUACACCAAAACUACUUCAAAGAGCACUCUUGCAUCCAGGUGAUAAGCGCGUCAACCAGUUGAAGAAGCGUAUCCGCCAACCCGGCACCCACACCAUGUCCAACAGGUUCGCUGAGCCGCCGAAGCCUCCAGAGUCUCCCGAUGAAUUCCACGAUAUGGAGAAAGUUGUUGUCACCAAAUCAGGAGAAGUACUGGUCGACUCUAAGCAUGUGUACCCAAAGAAACAUGACACAUGGCCUAAACCAGAAAUGCAGAACCUUUCAAGUGGCAAAGCCUUCAUAUCAAGGAAGAUUGAUUGCUGGAUGACUUUUGAAGAAUAUGAAAGACUGACCGGUCACCUGAAGCAGCGAUACGUCAGCCUUGAGAAUGCUCCAGAGCAUGAUGUCUUCUGGCCAGGCUUCCUCCUAGAUAAGAUCCAGCUCUGCAUGCCAGAGACCAGACCAAGGAACGAGAGGACAAGCCACGCCCUGUUCCAGCCCACCAGGGUCCGUACCAAACGCUCUAAUCCAGGUUAUAACAAUGACAUCUCUUACUGGGUGGUGAGUGAUCAGAACUACCUCAAGACUGGAGGGAUUGACGAGAGGAAGGUCUAUAGCAUUGACUGGAAAUGAACAAUCUCCCAGAGACUUGGUGAAGCGACUUCAGUUGCUUUGUUAAAUAUAUGAUCCAACAACUUUCAGUAACACCUUAAAUGUCUGCUGAAUGGCAGAGUUACAAUAAUCAUAACUCUUUAUGAAACAGGAUAGCUCAAUACACACCAGCCGAACAUGGUAGACACUUGUAGACACCUUCUUGAAAUGAAGAAUCCAUAGAACCAUAACUUGGUUUUCAAUGAAAGAAAGUAAAAAAUAAUGUUCCAAGGUACAGUCUUUCUUCUACUCUGUGAAAAGUUCCUUCUAGAGUGAGAGUGUUUCAUUAUGCUUGUGGAGCGUUGUGGUUCAGUGGAUUAGUCAACAGACAUUGAAACCGAGGAUUGUGGGUUCGAAUCCAAGCCAUAGCAUAAUUUUUCAGUAAGAAAUUGAUCCACAUUGUGCUGCCCUCAACCUGGGUGAGGUGAAUGGGUACCUGGCACUUGAGCGAGUAACAUCUAGCUUGGCUGUGUUUCAGUUAUUGUAAAGGACUUUAGACUUCUGAUAAAGUAUCAGGCACUAUAUAAGAAAGGAAGUAUAAUUGAUGCCUUACACUUUAUCUGACACAGUCUAUUUCAUCCAGCAGUUACCAUAGUAUAGUCGGGACUCCCAUGCUUCUUAGCCAAGCAAAAUCAAGGAAAUUUGAUAGAUCUGAUAAUUUGUCAGAGGACAAAGUUUGAUGAAUUACUCUCCAGAAGAUUUAUCUGCAUUUUGACUAAGAUUGAUCAACAAUUUAAAACAUUUUAAAACAAAAAAAGAAACAUUCUUGCAUGAAUACAGAAAAUACUAGGUAAAUUUGAAUUUUUGCUAAUAAAACUAAAUAAAGUUUAAUAAAUGUGCUGACUGGAGGAAGGGUCCCUGCAAGUGAAAAAAGGGCUCAUACUAAUGACUUGAUAUAGAAAGCUCUCAUUCUAUUCUAUCAGCAAAAACCAAAAUAUGCUAAUGGCCUUGCAUGAUGUACAUUUUUUUUAUGCACGCCUAGACUAGAGAUUAAUUCAUGUGCCUCUUUUGAUAUAUCUGUGAUUUCAUUAUUGUGUCUACAUACACAAAAGCAAUAACAUUUUGUAACGGUUGUAAAAAAAAGUAUUUUUUUGUUUGGAAAAAAAAUCUGUUUAGAAAGAAAAUAGUAUUUUUUCUACCAUUGUCAAGUAAUAAUAUAUUUGUAUAUAAACAUAAAAAAAAAAACUAUUUCACAUACGUAUUUAUCACACUUUUAUAUAAAAAUGAAUAUAAUUUUAUAUACAUGUUUUUGAUAUUUUAUAGGUCAGUGUAUAUAUUUGUCAUUCCUAAUUACUGGUCACUUUCCCAACAUGCUGCACUCUGUGUAUUAAUUAUAAUUUUGAUUAUACACCUCUUAUAAACACAGUGGAUUGAUUGCAUUUACAUGAAAUUAGCAGGGUUUUUAAAAAAAGAUACCAUGAGGGUAUUCUUCUGCCAAAUUUUGGGUUCAGAUUAUUUAUUGCUCCUGGGGGUGUUUCACAAAGUUAAGUGUGACUUUAGAGUCAUGCUUAAAGGGGAAUCCAGCCUUGGCCAUAAAAUGUUGUGUUGGGAAGGAGAAAAAUAAAUUAAACAGAAUGGUGAAAGUUUGAAAGAAUUCGGACAAGCAAUAAGAAAGUUAUAGCUGCUUUAAAAUUGAGAUCACUAUUAGUAUGUAGAUUUCAAAAUGGCAACUGGGUAAGUAAAUUAUGACAAGGGGCAAGGACAACUUUCCCCGUAGGCCAUGUACUUUAUUAUCAGGGAUUUGUGGUUUUUUCCUAAGUACCCAUUCCCCUGGGGCAGUAAUCUAAAUAUAACCCAGGUAGUAUAUUGUUUAAUGUCCUCAUGAAAGAAAAAUAAAAUUUGAAAUAAAACUUUUGGGAAAAAUGACAUUUUAGCCAUAAUAUGAAUUGGAGUACAUGGAAGAGUAGUCCUUGCCUUACAUCACUACGACAUCCCAUAUGCGGCCAAUUUGAAGUCUCCAUGAGUAUAGUGAUUACCAAUAUUUACAACUUUUAAAAAUUCAUAACUUUCUUGUUGUUUGUCCAAUAUUGUUCAAACUUUCACCAAUCAACUUGUCUGAUUUUUCUUUUUCUUAUAAAAACAAGUUUUUAUUUGGGUUGGAUUCCCCUUUAAAUGUCAACACAUGUAAUUUGAUUGAUAUGCAGAAGUACGCGUCCUUUGUGCAUGACCUGACCAAUGUGGAGAUGCGUGCUAUGGAACAGAAAUUUAAGUGCGACUCUAAGUAACUUGAAUCUUUGUGAAACAGCCCCCUGGUUUUCAUUUGUAUUCAGUUUUAAUCUAGUUUGUUACACCGUUUGGUUGUCAUAAGUAGAAUAAUUUAGUUAAAUCCUCCCCAUAUGUAGAGUUUCUAUGAUUGUAAUCUAUUCAUGUUUGUUUGGGUCACUGAUUCAUGCCUUGUGUAAGGAUUUCUUAUUUGGAGCCAUGCCAUGCAGUGCCAAAAGACUAUCAUGUCAUCACUUUGGUUCUCUAUUAUCCCCAUAGAUCAUUCAUCAAAGUUUGUACAGGAAUUAUCUAUUGUCAUCAAAUACAUAUCUACAUGUAUUCAGAGUUAACGCCUUACCUUUGGUUUUGUUCCUCAAGCUAAUAUGACCUUUUCUCAACAAAUAAUCCAAAUUUGUGGUUUGGUUUAAUAUGGUUUUUCAUACUGAACCAGAAGAAAUCUACCAAAUUACACACGGCUUUUAAUCUUUAUAUAAGCCAAUAGUUUGGGAUUAACAUUGUCCAUGAUAUUUGAUGCUAGGAAAUUAGAGAAUGAAAAUCAACAAUCCUUGAAUUAGCAGCAUCAUCUAGAUUAGGGCUGUUGAGAAAGGGUAAAAAGUAAAAAUGAGAAACUUCAUCAAUGAAUUUUGUACUGUAUAAUAGUGUAGUCCCAAUAGUGAUACUCUGGGUUAUCCAAUCUUCUUGCCAUCUCACCGGCCAAUAAAUUUUCUUAUUUCUUAAUACAAAA